CAAGAAGGCUCACGCUGCUGCUGCUUGCUCCCGUCCCAGCUGCUCUUCUGCUGUGCUGUCGGUUGUGCCGAUUCGCUUCUCUCUGGGGGUUCUGCAUCGCUCCGGAUCCAUCAGUCCCGUCUUCGCACCUGAUGGCCUCCCUCGUACAGUCCGUGUCGUUCUCGUCAGCCGCUGGCAAGCGAUCUGCUUCUUUGCCUCUGCUUCUCGGCUCAUCGCAUUUUGUUGCUCCCUCCAGAGCGUAUAAUACCUUUUCAACGCUAUGUUCCCGCAGUAGAUCGCCUCAAUUGCAAUAUCGUUUGCGGUCCUGUCAAAAUCCAACAUGUGCCGGCUCAAAAUUUAUCACUCAGCAGUCUCGGACUUUCCUCUCUCAACUUAAGCAACAAGGAACCAAACAAAAAGAGACCAAAGCGUCUUUGACGUCGGAAAAUGCAGAGAAUGCCGAAUCAACUUCUUCAAAGGAGACUCCUCUGCAAUUGACUAACCUCCCUUACUUUGUCCGCCGUACGCCGUCGAACCAACUACCCGUGUACCUCGUUACGAAAGCCGGCGGCACCAAGCAGCAGACUAAGAUACAGAAGACCGAGGGAGAUCUGGAAGCAUUACGGACUGAUCUAUCAAGGGCAUUGGGGCUAGAAUCGGGAGAUUCACGAGGAAAGAAGUCACCGGAUGUGACAAUAAACCGGCUCAAUGGCCACAUAAUUGUGAAGGGCUGGCGGAAACCCGAGAUCCAAAAGUUUCUCCUGGAACGGAAUUUUUGAAGCAAAAAAUGCAAAAAGGGGAAGAAAAAAAAGCCAGUUGCCUUUCUCCUAAACUCCUUUUUCCUCCCACCACCCUGAUCAUCUUUCUACCCAUGACUUCCUCGAAUUCUAUUUUGACACUGAACAACCCAAUCACGUCGUUGCAAUGGACAACUGAAUUUCUGUAGUAUAACUGUGUUUCAAGAAGAGAAUAUUGACACCAUGAAUGACUGCUGAAAAAAAGGCAGGAAGAAACCCAGAUAUUGAGGUAUUGAAAAAGUGGAGGAUACCACAAAUCCCUACUGAGAUGAACCGCUCCCAUUACGUUUCAAUAUUAUCUUCUUUUUUGUCCCAUUUUCUCUUUUCAUUUCUUUUUAUAUGCACUGCUAUUUCUUCUGGUAUAGUUUGUCCAAAGCGUUAGUCCCAUAUAAUUUUCUCAUUGCCAAUGUCGUUUCUGUCGGUGUUUGCUUCUUUUCUUUUCAUGUCUCUUUUCUUCUCUCCUCUCUCCAACGAAAACACACGACAUAACAUUUUCCCCUCGCGGUUGUACAUGGGUGCCGGAUGGCUUCAUGGUAACCGUUGCUUUCUUGCUUCUCUCAUGUUCCUGUAGUUACUGUCAUGGGUGAACUUGAUUUGAAUGGGGUAGGAAGCAAUGGGAUUUUAGUAUUAGAAUUUAUAUUUAUUUUCUCAA